AUGGGGAUGAUCUGCGUGAACCAGAACGAGGAGACCAACCUCACCACUAGCACACCGCGCUGUGUGGCCGACUGGGCACAUACGCAGGAGCAGGUGAUCCACGCCUCUUAUCUGUUAGCCGGCCUGGUGCUUAUCUCAUUGUUCUGGACGGUCACCUCGCGCCGCCAGCGUAAAUCGCUACGCAAAGGCGAGGUCGGUUUCUCACUCAAUUGUCGCCGAUGGGCACGCACAUCCCGCACCGCCGCUAUCAUCAACCGACCUGUUCAAUUGCUCGUGUCUUUUGGCAUCUUGGGUCUUACCAUGUCCAGACUUAACUCGUACGACGUAACAGAAUGGUCCUAUUACACCGUACUGGGGCUCUAUGUCAUCGCCAUUGUGGACGAUGUGGUUCGUUUCCUCGCGUCGCGAUACAAGCUUCUCUUCUGUUUCUCGCCUCUCACGCUGCUUGAGUUGCUGUGCUUGGCAUCGAAUUUCGGCGUGGGAUUUGGUACGGUUAAAGUUAUUGGAGGAGUGCGAACACGAACGUACUUGGACUUCUCAGUCAUGCGGCCAGUAUUUAUCUUGAGAAGUUACUUGGAGAUGGAGAAGAACGUGCCCAGAUCGACGAAAGGCUGGAUGAUGGUCCGACUUGGUAUAAAGAUCCUGCUCAUGAUCAUGGUUGGUGCAUCCAUUAUGUUUUUCUUCGAGACACUCGGCGAAAUGCCGUUCUUCACCGACAACGGAUUUGCUCAUCUCUACAGCUGCAGCGAUGGAUCCGUCACAAGACACGAAUCUUCCGACUGCUCUGACUCAACCUGGUCCGUCAUGUUCGCAUUCUACUUCACUGUUGUGACACUUGGUACGGUUGGUUACGGUGACAACGCACCUCAAACAGUGCCAAGCCGGCUUUUAGCUAUCAUGUUCAUCGUCAUGGGCAUUAUUUUGUUCUCGAUGGAGAUUGAUAACCUUGUCAGCUUGUACAAGUUGCGUCAAAUCGGAAACCCGCCAUACACGCCCAAGCCAGACUCCAAACAUGUGCUCAUUAUCGGCAAUCCUUCGUUUGCCCAGCUCUCAGCCAUACUACGAGAGCUUUUCCACGUCGAUCACAUAAGCGAUACCGAUACACAGCAACUUGAAGCUGUUGUGCUAGGAGAACGCAAGUCCAAGUUUACGAAUCCACUCAUUGCAAAGCUGAAGGCGGAUCCCAUUUUCACGUCUCGCGUAACAUACAUCGCUGGCAAUGCUACUCGCUCAGAAGAUCUGGAACGGUCUCUAGCUCGUGACGCAAGAGCUGUGUUCGUAUUUCCAGACAAGCUCACUGGUGAUGCUGCAACGGAAGAUGCGAUGAACAUCAUGCGUGUCCUGGCUACUAAACGCUAUGUGGGACCUUCUGUGCGCUUUUUGGUGAUGGUUCUACGAGCUGAGAGUGCCCGGCACAUGCUAGCUGCAGGCGUACACCCAGACGAUAUUAUCUGUGAAAAUGUCAUCAAGAUGGGAUCGUUGGCGCAAAAUUCAGUCUCCAACGGCAUUUCCACAAUGCUGUCGAAUCUUGGAUCGAGUCUCUCUGUUGAUACGAGCGAAACUACGGAAGAAAGCUCUACACCACUGCUCACAGUUAUUGGCAAAGACAAAUCCAUGGGCCCAGACAUCCUAACAACUGACGUUGCCGAGAAGGACUUGUCGGAUCGCAGCUGGAUCAAAGAGUAUUAUGCUGGUGCAGCGAAGGAAAUGUAUCUUAUCCAUCUGUCUAAGAGAUACGCCGGACUAACAUUUUCUCAAGCGGCAUCACGGGUUUUUCGAGAAACCUCAGGCACUGUACUGCUUAUCGGUGUGGAGGUUAUGUUUUCCAACGACGAGUCAAGUUUCCACAGCAACUCCGAGCCACGCGUGCUGCUGAACCCUGGUGAAAGUUUACUAAUGACUGAGUGGAUUCAGUGCUAUUGCAUCGCUGACGACCUUGAUCAAGUAUUCAACUACAAGAUUUGUCCCGAGGAGGUUAGUCUGGAAGAAAUGCGGCGGCCAGGAAGCACGUCUACUUUCAUGAAUCCGGAAGGAGACGUUUUCCAGCCAAUCCUUUCAGCAGACCAUAGCGAUGACGAUCUUCCUUGCGAUGAGCUACGAAGUUUAACGGCGUACACGGCAUAUAUGACUCCAAAUUACGACUCGAUGAAGAACCGCAGUCCGUUGGCAACAUCGAGGACAGGGUCACUUGUACUGGACCGCUCACUCGAGAGUAUUGCUCUCAAUUUCAAGAAUUCCAACCGAAACAUCACAAGUGGUAAUCCCUACGAUAAUCCUCAACUUCACGCUGCACUCCACAGCAAGGAUGCAUCCCUAGACUCAGAAGCAUCGAAAACUCUUCACACUCCGCCACUUGACAUUCUACUGCACCCAAACCACAUCGUCAUUUGCAGCUUUUUGGGUGAGGACUCGUUGGAAAGCCUGCAAUGGCUCAUUCUGCCGCUUCGUAGUCCAUACGCUGUGAACCAUCCCCCGAUUACGAUUUUGGAUAGCGCCAAGCCUUCACAAAUUUUGAUGAGAACGCUGUCUGCCUUCAAAAAUGUGUAUUACGUACGCGGAAGCCCUCUCGUUUAUUCAGAUUUGCAACGUGCUGGUGCCAAGGCCGCAGCUGCAGUCGUGGUGCUUGGAAAGCGAGCAAAGAACUCUAUUAUUGCCGAAUCCGCCUUGGACGCUGAGUUGGAAUCCAGUAUCGCUGAUGCGGAAGCCAUUUUUGCUACGAUGCUGGUGGAGCUCAAGAUGGAUUUCUCGAAAAUCUUCACUGUUACCGAGCUUGCCAAUGAAGUAAACUCAAAGUUCAUGGGCAUGUCGUUCCAGCUGAACCAGCUUCACCACAUCAUAUCGGGGAAUGGUAGCGGAAAAGUUAGUAUAGCAGCAGAAAUCUCGGGCAUGGAAGUGUUCAAUCUGUGGGAUCAAAUUUUACAGCACGAAGCACCGGAGCAGAAGUCUGAGAAAGAGAUUUUCGGUCUCCCUUUGUACAUGUCGGGGAGGAUCCUACACCCCGAGCUGUGUGAAAACAUGGUAGUGCAGACAUACUUUAACCCGUCCAUUCACAAGAUUGUUCGACAACUGGUUGGAGGCCCUCGGUGUACCGGAGUGAUUCACACCUUUUCGAUUCCACGAGCACUUAGAAAGGAUUGCACGUACGCCGAUGUCUUCCACUCGUUUGCCGCUUCGUCGUACUCGGGCAUUUGCGUUGGUAUUUAUCGCAUGUCAACUCAAGCAAUGGGAACGUCGCACCAAGUUGAACUGCCCAUUGUUAUCACGACCCCAAAGGCCGACCUUGAGAUUCUAAGCGGCGAUAGGCUCUUCGUGUUGAUCGGAGCUCACACGCUGGAGCGUGCGGCCACGAGGAUCCAGAAGCAAUAUCGAAGAUACAAAGGACUUCCUGAUCCUGUCAAAGACAUGAAGGCAGGUGAAAAAGCCAAGAGAGAGCUUUACGUGUAA